CUCUUGUGUGCUGCUAGCGUAGUUCUUCCCCUUCACUGAAAGACUCGGCUGGCUUUUGACGCUGUUGAGAUUGAAGUCUGUGCCGCUUUUAUUUUAGUCUAUUAGGCUUUGACUCUGAAGCAAGGAAAAAAUGGCCCACAGUCGUCUGCAGUUUGGUGCAGCUGCCGCGGGUGGUGAUGGGUCUCUGGGCCUAUCAGAGGCGCAGACCGACCUCGCAAAAAUGGCAGGCUUGGCGCUCCGUAAUGGUCGCGUGUUCUUGGCAGAAGUGGGCUGCGGAACAGGAAAGACGAGGGCGCUUCUAGAGGCUAGCGCAGGUUCUGGCGCUGGUGUCGUGGUCUAUGCGACUCGAACGCGACAGCAAGUUCGCAGCGUGCUCUUGGAGUCAAAAAAGCUUGACAGAAUCGAGGCGGUCCCUUUGUGGUCGCGCCUUUCGGCGUGUAAAGUCGCGGAGAUAGUGGAAGAAGCGAGGAAGGCGACCACACACCUGGCACAACAAGAAGCCAUGGCGCGCCUUUGCACCCAUUCUUGUGUGCAUUACAACCCAUCGGCCGAGGGCCUCUCGCGGAUCGAAGACCUCGUCCCUGACGUUGAGGACUUGCCACAGUAUCCGGUCUGCAUGUGGCGCCGCAGCCAGUUGCAGCAGAAAAAGAGAACAGCCCCAGGCAUUCGCUUUCUUACAUUGGUGCUCGCUUUCUCUCUCUUUGUGUUUUUAGUCGUAGAUCUAUCACUCGCGCGCUGCGCUAUUAGUCCACGCAGCAGGUAGAGUCUGCACCGUGGCAAGAAUUUGACUUCCAUUCGUCAUCGUCUCUCUCCGGCUCCCUUCAGGUAAGGUGAAGGUCUUGGUGUGCACGCAUAAAUACUUCGCGCUCAUACAAGCGUCCAAGCAUUGGCGAGCGGUGAUUAUCGACGAGGCCCAUGCUUUUUUGACGAAAGACGGCGACGAUGACCCUCUCACGCUGCCCAACCUCUUCGGCGCUGUGCUAGUUUCGGGGACCAUGAUUCGACAAAACGAAACGGGAGAGCCUUACCAGUUUGACAAAAUAAAGAGCCUCUACCGUGGAGGCAGUCGGGACGUGGUGACUUUUACUGAGUAUUGCCAGUAUUCUUUUAUGGCUCGAGAUGGCAUAAGAGGACUGCGGGGAAGUAUAUACAUAUCUACUGGGCGCCGAAGGCGCUGGGUGAGUCUUCUCGUCAUAUUCUUCAGAGUUCAAAUUUGUUCGUGGCAUGAGUUUCAGUAAGCGCCCAACUCUAAUUUUUAUCCGGUGACUGUUGACGGUCGUGUCUCUCGGUCGACGUCUGUCGAGGAUAUCGCCGCGAAUAUCCUCUCGCACACGAUGGAGGCGACUCCGCAACCCCUUUCAGGGAGAGGCCCCAAGGGCCUACUGGUCUUCGCCGCAAACUACAGCUUCGCCAAGGUCUUAGGCGAUGCUCUGAAUCGAGUUGAUGGCAACGGCGUAGUAAUCUAUGAGGAGCCCUCCCAAGCUGGCGCCUCAGUGUCUGCCUUCAGGAAAGCUUGUCGGCAGGGAGUCCUCGGCGAGCAUGUUUUUCUGGUCUGCUCUGCCCGGGGCAGCAUCGCAGAAGGGACCAAUCUCGACGUUCAGGGCGUUUUCGUCGUUGGUCUGCCGUAUGCCUUCGACAGCGGACCCGACUAUGAUGGUGAAGACCGACUGGCGAUUUGUGUCCGGCAGAUUCUCGGGCGGGUGCGCCGGUCUUCCGUGGACAAUGGAGCUGCGUUCUUAUUGGACCCCCGUUGGGUUCCAAAGAGGUCCCUGCUGAAAGUCGCGGCAGAGGACUGGAAGGUCGUCAUGCCUUAGAAAACUUGGGUGAGUAGCUAGGCGUCUGAGUAAGCGAAGACGCCCUCAAGUAUUCGAAGUUCGUUCCCCCACAUUCAUACACUGCAACCCCUGACAACGCCCCCACCAUAGCGCUAGAAGCUCGCGCUCUGAAUUAUUUCGACAGACUAUUUCCGUCGCCUGUGGCUCAGGCUCUGAUGGCUUAUCAUGUUUCAUCCCUCGGGAUUUUCUUGUUGAGUGGUCC